GGAAAAUUGAAAAAAACCCUAAAUUGAGGAAUUGAAAGCAACCCUGACCCUGAGCUAACGAGGCGAGGAGAUCACUUAAAAAAUGCUGGGUGGAUUGUACGGAGAUCUUCCUCCGCCGUCAGAUGAAGACAAAGCAAGCGGAAACUCCUCCUCCUCCUCCUCCGUCUGGUCCAGCAGUACUAAGAUGGCUCCACCUACCCUUCGCAAACCCCCCGCUUUCGCUCCCACUCAAACAAUCCUCAGACCUCAGAACAAGCCCAAAGCUAUACACAAGCCUCCCCCUCCUCCUCCUCCUUCCUCCUCCCAAUCGAUGCUUUCUGCGGCACAAUCGCAACCGGCGUUGGUUGGUGUGACUUCAUCUGUGAUCGAAGAGUACGAUCCUGCGAGACCCAACGAUUACGAGGAGUACAGGAGGGAGAAGAAGAGGAAAGCCAUGGAAGCUGAGAUGAAGCGUGAGCUUGACAAGAGACGUCUCGAGGAGGAGAAGGAAAGAGAAAUAGAAAGAGAAAGAGAGCGCGAUCAGGCUCCACUCAAUAUCUCCGGCGAGGAAGCGUGGAAGAGACGCGCCGCCAUGAGUGGUGGUGGUGGUGGAAGCAGCCGAAGAUCCCCUUCUCCUCCGCCUGAGACGGGCGGGCAGAUGACGGCAGCGGAGAGGAUGAUGGCGAAGAUGGGGUGGAAACAAGGGCAAGGGCUUGGCAAGUCUGAGCAAGGGAUCACCACCCCCUUGAUGGCUAAGAAGACUGAUCGUAGAGCUGGCGUCAUUGUGAAUGCUAGUGAGAAGAAGAAGAUUGUCAAGAGUGUUAAUAUCACUGGAGAACCAACCAGAGUGUUACUUCUCAGAAACAUGGUUGGACCAGGAGAAGUAGAUGAUGAGCUCGAAGAGGAGGUGGGAUCGGAGUGUGGCAAAUACGGAACUGUGACUCGUGUACUCAUAUUCGAGAUCACUGAAGCCAACUUCCCUACACACGAAGCAGUAAGAAUCUUUGUUCAGUUUUCAAGACCCGAGGAAACAACUAAAGCCCUUGUAGACCUCGAUGGUAGAUUCUUUGGAGGAAGGACGGUACGUGCAACAUUCUAUGAUGAAGUUAAAUUCAGCAAGAACGAGUUGGCUCCAGUUCCAGGUGAAAUCCCUGGCUAUUAAAUUAACGAAUUCUCUCAAGAAAAGGAGGGAAGAACAAGAAGAAGACACUGUUUGUUCUUUAUAAAAAUCUUGAUAGAAUAGAGAUUUGAUGUUUUUGUAGUAUUAUUUGUAAAGUACACUUGGAAUCAAGAAAUGUUUCUUUUCUCAUUAAAACACCGAUUCCUCGAUUAUUAGUAGAUUGUAUAUUGCAGGAGGAGCACAUAAAAUUCGAUUCUUAUCAAGUCACUUGGCAGCAAAAUGACAAUCUACUAAAUAGAGUAUUCA